AUGGCUUUGAUAUCGUUUUGCGGAUUUUUGACUCUACAAGUGGGCGCCGCUAUCUUGGCUGCCGUGUUCUUCACUCUGGCGGGUGUGAUACUCGCCGCCAAUGUGUUCGACUAUCACAGUAGUGUCGACGGUUGGUUCCCGUUCUCACUCGUGUUGAUGUUGAUCUUUGUGAUCGGUUUGAUCAUCGCCGGUAUCCUCAUGUUCGCUUCCUCUUACAGUGAGAACAGGUCGUCAGCUUUGAUGGCGUUGAUUGUGAUCAUAAUCUUGAUUUGCUAUUGGAUUAUUCUAUGCUGUUUCUCCUUCUUCAGCCAUAAAGAUCAAGUCAAUGACGUUUGUAUAGACAAGAGAUGCCCUGAGUCCUUUUGGAUAGGGAAUUUACGCUAUAGAAGAUACCACGUUAAUGACAAAGAGCCCGACGAGCCUAUUAGAAGAAGGAGGGAUGCUCAUUUUGAGAACUUAAACAGCAAACGAAGAGAAGAUCAGGCAUUUCAAGGUCCUGCAAGUGAAGUUGAUGAAUGGGAAGAAAAUGCAAACGAACUCAACCUAAUUGGGCCGGAAACCAAAGGCAAAAGAAUCGAUUAUAUACCUAUAGGGGAAGAAGAUAAGAAAGAUCGAUAUGUUAAAGUUGUCGCAGAGGACACAUUGCCACUUACAACACCAGAUGACCCCUUUACGACACCAGGGCCCGUGGCGCAUGGUCCUCGUCGCGGUCGCUACUACCAUAGACAAAGAAAUACCACAAGUUUGCCGAAGUACGUGGCCCAGCCUGAUGAAGAAGAUGAAGGAGCGUCCAGGUAUGUGUUCGGAGCGGCCAUGAUCGGCGCCAUCCUUCUGUUCAUCCUCAACCUGCUGUUCCUCCUGUUCUCCGCCUUCGUCAUGUACAGCUGGGCCCGGGAACUGGACUAUGGUGACUACUACUACGACGACGACCCCGUCGUUAUCGUAGAAGACUACUGAUCCGUUCAACUUAGUUUUAAUUUGUUCGUGUUUACACUUUUGUGAGAUUAUAUACAUUUUUAUGAAAG